AUGGCUGCACAGUCCCUAGCCGUGCUGGAUGGCGUCACAUGCCCUCCUCCCACGUCGGUCGAACAUGCAGACAUCCGGGUCAAGAGUUACAGCCUGAAAUCCCGGGAGCGGUACACGUGUAACUCUGGCUUCAAGCGUAAAGCAGGAACAUCCAGCCUGACGCAAUGCGUGUUCAACAAGACCACGAACAUUGCCCACUGGACAAUUCCCAAUCUCAAGUGCAUCAGAGACCCCUCUCUGACUCACCUAAGGCCAUCCUCCACAGAAGUGCCGGCAGGGGUGACCCCAGAGCCAGAGAGCACCUCCCUUUCUGGAAAAGAGCCCAAUUUCACUUCCAAGUCAGACACCACAGUGGCCACAAAGUCCACUAUGGUGCCGGGCUCCGGGCUGACGCCAUCAAAGCCUCCUGCGGCAGGAACCAUGGGGCCGAUCAGUCCGGAGCCCUCCCAAGCCCCACCUCAGACAACGGCAGAGGCCUUGGAGCACACUCCCUCUGCCUCCCAGGAGACGCCAGGUACAUAUUCAUACCACUCUCGAAGUAUGACUGAGGUGAUCGGGAGCACACUCGCCGUGGUCUGUGCAGUGGUGGUGGUAAUUGUGGUCUGUUACCGAAAACUGAGGCACACUGUGCAGACACCCAGUGUUGAAAUGGAAAGCAUGGAAGAGAUGCCAAUGACUAGGGGAACCAAUGGCAGAGAGGAGGACGCAGAAAACUACCCACACGACCUAGGACACUCCAGGGAGAGACUGAGGGCAGCAGAGGCUGAAGCGAAGGCACCCACCCUGCCUUAGCCAAAGAGGACCUGGAAACAACUCAAGAUCUUGGGUGCCAGCAGAGAGCCCGUCGGGAUGACAAGGCAGACGUCUUGGCAUCAUUGUAUCGAUGGCGCCCAGCCAGGACACCUCCUAGGCUGUCCAGUCUCAGGAUGGAUGCUCGGGACCCACCCAGCCCAGCCUCGGGUGCAGGGCUGACGUCCCCUGAUCCCAGCAGCUGAAGCUCUCCCGGCAGUGGCUGAAAGCCUCGGCUUUCCCUUUCUUUCAUGUGACAUUUAUGCAGGAUAGCUGAGCAGCCUGACCAUUCUGCCCCUCAUCCUGACUUGAUGUUUACAGAGAAAAGAAAAACGCCUGAGAUGCUAAGACAGUUAGGUCCCUCCUACUGGCUUAAGAGAGGUCUACAAGGAUGACAAGAGCAUUGGCAGCUCCAAAACGCUAUCCCCCUAUUGAGGUGUGAGCAUGAACUGGAAGGAAGCAGAGAGGUAUCGUGCUGUGUGAAUCCACUCGAUUUAAGGAUCCAGAAGGAAGGAAAUGGAACGCGGGGACAUUUCCCAUGUAUAUGCAUUUCUAUUUAUACUCCCUAUCCAUUAUAUCUACA